UCGCAAACUUUUUUUUUUUUUUUGCCGGCUGGGUUUUGGGUCGGCUGCUCCCCGCCUUCGCCGGCUCUGCCCUGAGGAGCGUGCGGGGCUGGCAGCAGCAGCAGCGGCAGCAUGGAGCGGAGGCAGCCGCCGCCGCCGAGUUUCCCUCGCGGGUGGACUGUGCUGGUGGCGGUGCUGGGGCUGAUGCUCCCCGGGCGCCAGGGGGCGGCGGGCUACUACCCCCGCUUCUCGCCCUUCUUUUUCCUCUGCACCCACCACGGGGAGCUGGCCGGGGAUGGGGAGCAGGGAGAGGUGCUCAUGUCCCUCCAGCUCGCGGGGAACCCGACCUUCUACGUACCUGGCCAGGAAUAUCACGUGACUAUUUCGACAAGUACAUUCUUCGAUGGCUUACUGGUAACGGGACUCUAUACAUCUACCAGCGUUCAGGCUUCACAAAGUAUUGGUGGCUCUAGCGCUUUUGGAUUUGGAAUUAUGUCCGAUCGCCAGUUUGGAAAUCAGUUUAUGUGCAGUGUGGUUGCAUCUCAUGUGAGUCAUCUACCAACGACAAAUCUCAGUUUCGUUUGGAUUGCUCCACCUGCAGGAACAGGCUGUGUGAAUUUCAUGGCUACAGCUACUCACAGAGGCCAAGUUAUAUUCAAGGAUGCCUUAGCACAGCAGUUGUGUGAACAGGGAGCUCCGACAGAAGCCUCACUGCAUCCUCAUCUAGCUGAAAUUCAUAGUGACAGCAUUAUCCUACGAGAUGACUUUGACUCUUAUCAUCAGCUAGAAUUGAAUCCCAGUAUGUGGUUUGAAUGUAGUAACUGUGAGGUUGGAGAGCAGUGCGGUGUAAUUAUGCAUGGCAAUGCUGUCACUUUCUGUGAGCCAUAUGGUCCAAGAGAAUUGACCACCACUAGCCUUAACACAACCACAGCUUCUGUCCUUCAGUUUUCCAUUGGGUCAGGUUCAUGUCGCUUUAGUUACACAGAUCCCAGCAUCAUUGUGUCCUAUACCAAGAAUAACUCUGCAGAUUGGAUUCAGCUGGAGAAAAUUAGAGCCCCUUCCAAUGUCAGCACCGUCAUCCACAUCCUGUACCUUCCUGAAGAUGCCAAAGGAGAGAAUGUUCAAUUUCAGUGGAAACAGGAGUAUAUACAUACUGGCGAAGUGUAUGAAGCCUGCUGGGCAUUGGAUAACAUCCUGAUCAUAAAUGCUGCUCACAGACAAAUUGUCUUAGAAGAUAAUCUUGAUCCUGUGGACACUGGCAACUGGCUUUUCUUCCCUGGGGCCACAGUUAAGCAUAGCUGUCAAUCAGAUGGAAACUCCAUUUAUUUCCAUGGAACUGAAGGCAGCGAGUUCAAUUUUGCCACAACCCGAGAUGUGGAUCUUUCCACUGAGAAUACCCAGGAGCAGUGGGCAGAGGAGUUUGAGAGCCAGCCUAAAGGAUGGGACAUAUCUGGAGCUGUCAUUGGUACUGAAUGUGGAACACUGGAGUCAGGUUCAUCUAUGCUAUUCCUCAGAGAUGGAGAGAGAAAACUAUGUACUCCAUAUAUGGACACUACAGGUUAUGGGAACCUGAGAUUUUACUUCAGCAUGGGGGGAACUUGUGAUUCUGGAGAAGCCCAUGAAAAUGAUGUCCUCCUCUAUGCAAAGAUAGAAGGAAAGAAAGAGCACAUAGCUCUUGAUACACUGACCUAUGCUUCUUAUAAGGUUCCAUCUUUGGCUUCUGUUGUCAUUAGUCCGGAGCUGCAGACUCCUGCUACCAAGUUCUGUCUUAAGCAAAAGAAUCAUCAAGGGCAUAACAAGAAUGUCUGGGCUGUCGAUUACUUCCAUGUCCUGCCAGUGCUUCCCUCCACCAUAACUCACAUGAUCCAGUUUUCCAUUAAUCUGGGCUGUGGAACUCAUCAACCUGGUAACAGUGUCUACUUGGAGUUUUCAACCAAUCAUGGCCGUUCCUGGUCCUUACUUCACACUGAGUGCUUGCCUGAGAUAUGUGCUGGGUCUCAUCUUCCUCACAGUACCAUCUAUGCCUCUGAAAACUACAGUGGGUGGAACCGAAUAACUAUUCCCCUGCCCAGUGCAGCAUUAACCAGAAAUACCAGGAUUCGAUGGAGACAAACAGGACCAAUCCAUGGAAAUAUGUGGGCGAUUGAUAAUAUUUAUAUUGGUCCAUCUUGCCUCAGAUUCUGCUCAGGGCGAGGACAAUGUACUAGAAAUGGCUGCAAGUGUGACCCUGGGUACUCAGGACCUGCAUGUGAAAUGGCUUCCCAGACGUUCCCCGUGUUUAUUUCAGAAAGCUUUGGCAGCUCCAGGCUCUCAUCCUAUCACAAUUUUUACUCUAUCCGUGGUGCUGAAGUCAGCUUUGGCUGUGGAGUCCUAGCAAGUGGCAAGGCCUUGGUUUUUAACAAAGAUGGAAGACGUCAACUGAUCACUUCUUUUCUUGACAGCUCACAGUCCAGGUUCCUCCAGUUCACUCUGCGCUUGGGAAGCAAGUCUGUGCUGAGUACAUGCAAAGCACCUGAUCAGCCAGGAGAAGGAGUGUUACUACACUAUUCAUAUGACAAUGGGAUUACAUGGAAACUACUGGAACAUUAUUCUUAUCUGAACUAUCAUGAGCCAAGAAUAAUUUCUGUGGAGCUACCAGAAGAUGCAAGACAAUUUGGUAUUCAGUUCAGAUGGUGGCAACCGUAUCAUUCUUCCCAGGGAGAAGAUGUAUGGGCUAUCGAUGAGAUCAUCAUGACCUCAGUGCUUUUCAACAGCAUUAGUCUAGACUUCACCAAUCUAGUAGAAGUCACCCAGUCUCUGGGAUUCUACUUGGGAAACGUUCAACCAUGCUGUGGUCAUGACUGGACCCUUUGUUUUACAGGAGAUUCUAAAUUAACCUCUAGCAUGCGUUAUGUGGAAACACAGUCCAUGCAAAUUGGAGCUUCAUAUAUGAUACAAUUCAACUUGGUGAUGGGCUGUGGACAGCAGUUUACUCCUCACAUGGACAACCAGGUGAAAUUGGAAUACUCCACCAACCACGGUCUGACUUGGCACCUUGUUCAGGAGGAAUGCCUUCCAAGUAUGCCUAGCUGUCAGGAGUUUACGUCAGCAAGUAUCUACCAUUCCAGUGAAUUCAUGCAGUGGAGGAGAAUUACAGCCCUGUUACCACAGAAAACUUGGUCCAGCGCUACACGUUUCCGUUGGAGUCAGUGCUACUACACAGUCCAAGAUGAAUGGGCUUUAGACAACAUCUACAUUGGACAACAAUGUCCAAAUAUGUGUAAUGGACAUGGCUGGUGCGACCAUGGCGUGUGCAGGUGUGAUCCAGGAUACCAGGGCACUGAAUGUCACCCUGAGACUUCCCUCCCUUCAACGGUAAUGUCUGAUUUUGAGAACCCAAAUAGUUUGAAGACUGAAUGGCAGGAAGUUAUUGGGGGAGAAAUUGUAAAACCUGAACAAGGCUGUGGGGUCAUUUCUUCUGGAUCAUCCCUCUAUUUCACCAAGGAUGGAAAAAGGCAAUUGGUGAGCUGGGAUUUGGACACCACCUGGGCAGAUUUCAUCCAGUUUUACAUUCAGAUAGGUGGGGAGAGCUCUUCAUGCAAUAAACCAGACAACAGAGAGGAAGGUGUGCUUUUGCAGUACAGCAACAAUGGAGGUAUCAAUUGGCACCUACUAGCAGAAAUGUACUUCUCUGACUUCAGCAAACCUAGAUUUGUCUAUCUUGAGCUUCCUGCUGCUGCAAAGACUCCUUGUACUAGAUUCCGCUGGUGGCAGCCAGUAUUUUCGGGGGAAGGCUAUGACCAGUGGGCCAUUGAUGAUAUCAUCAUUUUGUCAGAAAAGCAGAAGCAGAUCAUUCCCGUCAUUAACCCAACAUUACCACAGAACUUUUAUGAGAAACCAGCAUUUGAUUACCCUAUGAACCAGCUCAGUGUGUGGCUGAUGUUGGCUAAUGAAGGGAUGACCAAAAAUGAAAGUUUCUGCUCUGCCACUCCCUCAGCAAUGAUAUUUGGUAAAUCAGAUGGAGAUCGAUUUGCUGUGACUCGGGAUUUAACACUGAAACCUGGAUAUGUCCUGCAGUUCAAGCUGAAUAUCGGUUGCACUAAUCAAUACAGUAGUUCUGCUCCAGUUCUCCUUCAAUAUUCCCAUGAUGCUGGUCUGUUCUGGUCACUUGUGAAAGAGGGCUGUUAUCCUGCAUCUCCUGGAAUCAAAGGAUGUGAAGGAAGUUCCCGGGAGCUGAGUGAGCCAUCCAUGUAUUACACAGGAGACUUUGAGGAGUGGACAAGAAUUACUAUUAUCAUUCCAAGAUCUCUUGCAGCCAGUAAGACUAGAUUCCGCUGGAUCCAGGAGAGCAGUUCUCACAAGAACGUGCCCCCUUUUGGCUUAGAUGGGGUUUACAUCUCAGAGCCUUGUCCCAAUUACUGCAGUGGUCAUGGGGACUGUGUCUCUGGAGUGUGUUUCUGUGACUUGGGCUAUACAGCCGCACAUGGAACCUGUGUGUCUAAUGUACCUAAUCACAGUGAGAUGUUCGACAGGUUUGAGAGGAAGCUGAGCCCUCUCUGGUACAAGAUAACUGGAGGUCAGGUUGGAACAGGCUGUGGAACACUCAGUGAUGGGAAAUCUCUUUACUUCGAUGGUCCCGGCAAAAGGGAAGCAAGAACUGUCCCUCUGGACACCACAAAUAUCAGACUAGUUCAGUUUUAUUUACAAAUUGGAAGCAAAACAGCUGGUACUCUCUGCAACAAACCAAGAGCCAGGAAUGAAGGGCUUGUAGUUCAAUACACAAAUAACAAUGGAAUAACCUGGCAUUUGCUGCGAGAGCUGGAUUACAUGUCUUACUUAGAACCACAGAUUGUUUCAAUAGAUCUACCCCGUGAAGCUAAAACAUCUGCAACUGCUUUCCGAUGGUGGCAACCCCAACAUGGGAAACUUUCAGCACAGUGGGCCUUGGAUGAUGUCCUUAUAGGAAUGAAUGACAGCUCUCAGACUGGUUUUCAAGAUAAAUUUGAUGGAUCUGCAGAUUUACAAGCAAGUUGGUACAGGAUCCAAGGGGGUCAAGUAGAUAUUGACUGUCUCUCUAUGGAUACAGCUCUGAUGUUCAGUGAAGAUACUGGAAAACCUCGUUAUGCUGAGACUUGGGAUUUCCAUGUGUCAGCCUCCACUUUCCUGCAGUUUGAGCUGAGCAUGGGUUGCAGUAAGCCAUUCAGCGAUUCCCAUGGCAUUCACUUGCAGUAUUCCUUAAAUAAUGGGAGAGACUGGCACCUGGUGACUGAAGAGUGUGUUCCUCCAAGCAUCGGUUGUCAGCAUUACACUGAGAGUUCAAUUUACAGAUCAGAAAGAUUCCAGAACUGGAAGCGAAUUACUGUCUACCUUCCACUUGCAACCAUCUCUCCCAGAACACGUUUCAGAUGGAUUCAAUAUGAUUACACUCCUGGAGCAGAUUCUUGGGCUAUUGAUAAUGUAGUCUUGGGUACGGGAUGUCCCUGGAUGUGCUCCGGCCAUGGAAUCUGUGACUCAGGCCACUGUGUGUGUGACAGAGGCUUUGGAGGUCCAUAUUGUGUCCCUGUUGCUCCUCUGCCUUCUGUUCUGAAAGAUGACUUCAACGGUAACUUGCAUCCUGAUCUUUGGCCUGAAGUCUACGGUGCCGAGAGGGGAAACCUGAACAGUGACACAAUCAAAUCUGGAACCACUCUCAUUUUUAAAGGGGAAGGGCUGAGAAUGCUUGUUUCAAGAGAUCUGGAUUGUACAAAUACUAUAUACAUCCAGUUUUCAUUUAAAUUUAUAGCAAAAGGUACCCCAGAGAGGUCUCAUUCCAUUCUGCUACAAUACUCCAUCAACGGUGGCAUCACUUGGCAUUUAAUAGAUGAGUUUUACUUCACUCAAACUACUGAUGUUCUCUUCAUUAACGUUCCACUACCAUACACUGCGCAAACCAAUGCUACACGUUUCAGGCUCUGGCAACCUUACAACAAUGGCAAGAAAGAAGAAAUCUGGAUUAUAGAUAACUUCAUUAUUAAUGGAAACAAUCUAAAGAAUUCUGUUAUACUUCUGGAUACAUUUGACUUUGGACCUAAAGAGGAUAACUGGCUUUUCUACCCUGGUGGUAAUAUUGGGCUUUAUUGUCCGUAUUCAUCAAAGGGAGCCCCGGAGGAAGAUUCUGCUAUGGUAUUUGUUUCAAAUGAAAUUGGAGAACAUUCCAUUACAACAAGGGAAUUGAAUGUGAAUGAGAACACCAUAAUCCAAUUUGAGAUCAAUAUUGGCUGCACCACUGAUAGCUCAUCUGCAGACCCAGUGAAACUUGAAUUCUCACGAGAUCUAGGGGCAACCUGGCACCUGCUUCUUCCACUGUGCUACAGUAGUAGCAGCUAUCUCAGCUCCUUAUGCUCCACUGAGCAUCAUCCAAGCAGCACUUACUAUGCUGGUACAGCUCAGGGCUGGAGAAGAGAGGUCAUCCACUUUGGAAAACUGCACCUGUGUGGAUCAGUAAGAUUCAGAUGGUACCAGGGAUUUUAUCCUGCUGGGUCCCAACCCGUGACUUGGGCCAUUGAUAAUGUAUACAUUGGCCCACAAUGUGAAGAGAUGUGUAAUGGACAUGGCAGCUGUCUCAAUGGAACUAAGUGUAUCUGUGAUCCAGGGUAUUCUGGGCCAACCUGUAAAAUAAGCACCAUGAAUUCAGACUUUCUCAAGGACGAUUUUGAAGGUCAGCUAGAGUCUGAUAGAUUCUUGAUGGUGAGUGGUGGAAAACCAUCUAGGAAAUGUGGUAUCCUGUCCGGAGGAAACAACCUCUUCUUUAGUGAAGAAGGCUUGCGUAUGCUGAUGACUCGAGAUCUGGAUUUAUCACAGGCAAGAUUUGUGCAGUUCUUCAUGAGACUGGGAUGCGGUAAGGGAGUUCCAGACCCCAGAAGCCAACCUGUGCUUUUGCAAUAUUCACUCAAUGGGGGCCUCACAUGGAGCCUGCUGCAGGAAUUCCUCUUCAGUAAUUCAAGCAAUGUAGGCCGAUACAUUGCUCUGGAAAUUCCCUUGAAGGCCCGUUCCAGCUCCACUCGUCUCCGCUGGUGGCAACCAUCUGAGAAUGGGCAUUUUUACAGCCCAUGGGUAAUUGAUCAGAUUCUUAUUGGUGGAAAUAUUUCUGGUAACACAGUAAUAGAAGAUGAUUUUACCACACUGGAUAGCAGGAAGUGGCUGCUCCAUCCAGGUGGAACAAAGAUGCCAGUCUGUGGUUCUACUGGGGAUGCACUGGUUUUCAUCGAGAAAGCUAGCACCCGUUAUGUUGUAACCACUGACAUUGUGGUUAAUGAGGAUUCUUUCAUACAAAUAGACUUUGCAGCAUCCUGCUCUGUCACUGACUCCUGUUAUGCUAUUGAGCUGGAGUAUUCAGUGAAUCUCGGAUUGACAUGGCACCCAAUACUGAAAGACUGCCUGCCCACUAAUGUAGAAUGCAACAAGUACCAUCUCCAAAGGAUUCUGGUAUCAGACACAUUCAACAAAUGGACCAGGAUUACUUUGCCCCUGCCUCAUUAUACUAGGUCUCAAGCAACUCGUUUCCGCUGGCACCAGCCUGCUCCAUUUGACAAGCAGCAAACAUGGGCUAUAGACAAUGUCUACAUUGGGGAUGGCUGUAUAGAUAUGUGCAGUGGCCACGGGAGGUGCACACAAGGGAACUGUGUCUGUGAUGAACACUGGGGUGGGCUCUACUGUGAUGAGCCAGAGGCAUCCCUUCCAACACAACUUAAGGACAACUUCAAUCGAGCUCCAUCUAAUCAGAACUGGCUAACAGUAAAUGGAGGGAAACUGAGCACAGUCUGUGGAGCUGUGGCAUCUGGAAUGGCACUUCAUUUCAGCGGGGGAUGCAGCCGUUUAUUAGUGACAGUGGAUUUAAACCUGACUAAUGCAGAAUUCAUCCAGUUUUAUUUCAUGUAUGGAUGUCUGAUAACUCCUAACAAUCGGAACCAAGGAGUUCUCCUGGAGUACUCCGUGAAUGGUGGCAUUACUUGGAACCUCUUAAUGGAAAUUUUCUAUGACCAGUUCAGCAAACCCGGCUUUGUGAACAUUCUCCUUCCUCAUGAGGCCAAAGCUCUCGGAACCCGUUUCCGCUGGUGGCAACCUAAACAUGAUGGCUUAGAUCAGAAUGACUGGGCUAUUGACAAUGUGCUGAUAUCUGGCUCUGCUGAUCAGAGGACAGUGAUGUUAGACACUUUUAGCAGUGCUCCACUCCCACAACACGAACGCUCUCCUGCAGAUGCAGGACCCAUUGGGAGGAUCGCUUUUGACAUGUUUACAGAAGACAAAACGACAGUGAAUGAACAUUGGCUGUUCCAUGAUGAGUGCGCAAUUGAAAGAUUCUGUGACUCUCCUGAUGGUGUUAUGAUCUGCGGUAGCCAUGAUGGCAGAGAAGUUUAUGCAGUCACCCAUGACCUAACUCCUACAGAAGGCUGGAUUAUGCAGUUCAAGAUUUCUGUUGGAUGUAAAACUUCAGAAAAAAUUGCACAGAAUCAAGUCCAUGUGCAAUAUUCCACUGACUUUGGUGUGAGUUGGAGCUAUUUAGUUCCUCAGUGCUUACCUGCAGAUCCAAAAUGCUCUGGGAGUAUUUCACAGCCCUCUGUCUUCUUUCCAACAAAAGGAUGGAAAAGGAUAACUUAUUCACUGCCUGAAAACCUAGUGGGCAAUCCAGUGAGGUUUAGGUUCUAUCAGAAGUACUCAGAUAUUCAAUGGGCCAUUGAUAAUUUCUAUCUGGGACCUGGUUGUUUGGACAACUGUAGAGGCCAUGGAGACUGCCUGAAAAAACAGUGCAUCUGUGAUCCCGGGUACUCUGGUCCAAACUGCUACUUAACCCAAACUUUAAAGACUUUCCUAAAGGAGCGCUUUGACAAUGAAGAAAUUAAACCAGAUUUAUGGAUGUCCUUGGAAGGUGGAAACACCUGUACUGAAUGUGGGAUUCUAGCAGAGGAUACAGCUUUGUAUUUUGGAGGUGAUACCGUGAGGCAAGCUGUCACUCAAGACCUGGACUUGAGGGGUGCCAAAUUUCUACAGUACUGGGGAAGAAUUGGAAGUGAAAACAUGACAACAUGCCACAGACCAACAUGCAGGAAGGAGGGAGUUCUGUUAGAUUAUUCAAUUGAUGGAGGCAUAUCUUGGAUUUUGCUUCAUGAGAUGGAUUAUCAGAAAUACAUCUCGGUCAGACAUGACUACAUACUUCUCCCAGAACACGCUCUGACCAAUACAACUCGCCUGCGCUGGUGGCAGCCUUUUGUGAUUAGCAAUGGAAUUGUGGUUUCAGGCUCUGACCGUGCUCAGUGGGCACUAGAUGACAUACUAGUUGGAGGUGCUGAGAUCAAUCCCAGUCAACUAGUAGAUACAUUUGAUGAUGAAGGCACUUCCCAUGAAGAAAACUGGAGUUUUUACCCUAAUGCAGUCAGGACUGCUGGAUUCUGUGGAAACCCCUCAUUUCACCUCUACUGGCCAAAUAAAAAAAAGGACAACACACACAAUAUCUUGUCCUCCAGGGAGCUCAUUAUACAGCCAGGAUACAUGAUGCAAUUUAAAAUUGUGGUUGGCUGUGAGGCAACUUCUUGCGGUGACCUGCACUCUGUAAUGCUGGAAUACAGUAAGGAUACCAGGACAGAUUCAUGGCAACUUGUCCAGACGCAAUGUCUUCCUUCCUCAUCUAAUAGCAUUGGCUGCUCCCCAUUUCAAUUCCAUGAAGCUACCAUCUAUAACUCUGUCAACAGCUCCGCAUGGAAAAGAAUAACUAUCCAGCUGCCUGAUCAUGUCUCCUCCAGUGCAACUCAGUUCAGGUGGAUUCAAAAAGGAGAGGAAACAGAGAAGCAAAGCUGGGCAAUAGAUCAUGUGUACAUUGGAGAAGCGUGCCCUAAACUCUGCAGUGGUCAUGGAUAUUGCACUACUGGAGCCAUUUGCAUUUGUGAUGAAAGAUACCAAGGUGAUGACUGCUCUGUUUUCAGCCAUGAUCUUCCCAGUUACAUUAAAGAUAACUUUGAAUCUGAAAGAGUCACUGAAAUAAACUGGGAAACUAUUCAGGGUGGAGUUAUAGGGAAUGGAUGUGGACAGCUGGCACCAUAUGCCCAUGGAGAUUCACUGUACUUUAACGGAUGUCAAAUAAGGCAAGCUAUUACAAAACCUCUGGAUCUCACCCGAGCAAGCAAAAUAAUGUUUGUUUUACAAAUUGGAAGCAUUUCACAAACAGAGAGUUGCAAUACCAACCUGAGUGAUCCUAAUACUGUGGACAAGGCAGUUCUACUCCAGUACAGUGUAAAUAAUGGAAUUACAUGGCAAGUAAUAGCACAGCAUCAGCCAAAGGACUUUAUACAAGCCCAAAGAGUGUCUUACAAUGUUCCGCUGGAGGCACGAAUGAAAGGAGUCUUACUGCGCUGGUGGCAGCCCCGUCACAAUGGAACAGGUCAUGAUCAGUGGGCUUUGGACCAUGUAGAAGUCGUCCUCACUCGCAAACAAAAUUACAUGAUGAAUUUUUCACGGCAACAUGGGCUCAGGCAUUUCUACAACAGAAGACGAAGGUCACUUAGACGAUACCCAUGAAGAAACGAGAAAUUUAUAUUUUCCUCCCAACAUGUGAUGUGUUGCUUUCCAUUCUUUAAAUCUUAGCACUGCAUCUGGUAUCAGGACUUUUCUGCAACUGGCUUGGUGAAUAACGAAAAGCCUUUCUCAAGACAGAGUGUACACCACUUUUUCGCACUGUGAACUAAUGAGAAGUGACUUAUUUUCUCAUAGGUAAAUGUUUUAAUGUUGACGUGUCUGUGAAAAUUGUGAUCUGUUGUAAUAUCAGUUACAGUGGCAGUAUGGGAAGUAAGCAACUAAUCUGUUUAACAGGAAAAAAAGUUUAAGCACAAAGACUUUUUCAGAUUUUAUGUUUAAAAAACUACAUAUUAAGUACAGUAUUUAACAUUCUUUGUCACAUAGCUAUUUAAAUGCACUUGUAUUUCAGCUCUGUAUCAUAUUUUAUAUGAUUAAGUUAUCAUUGUCUUCUUUGUAUUCUCUUCUACAACAUGACACAUUGGCACUGUAUUUACUUGUUAUGUUGUUGUAAUAUUUUGCUGCUGAUUUUUGGGCUAUUUACACUCUGAUAACAUGCAUAAAGCAAAUUGCAAUACCUACUCAAGAAGAUAAUUGCAAAAGUAGUUGUAAAGACGUUGAUCUCCUUCAGUCUUACUCUUUGAUAUGUCUGUUGGUUAGCAUUGUUUUGUGGAUAAGAAGAAUGCUUGACAUUUAAACUUUUUUACUAAGCAGCUGUGGAUAAAACCCCAAACAGAAGUUCCCAUUUCCUUGUCUAAAGGUAAAACAGUUCUCUGAGACUGAUUUACUUACAAUAACUGCCAUUUGAUGUCUGUAGUAAUGGAGUGAUUUGUAAAGUGAAAGUUUCAUCGUGUUCUAUUUGGUGUUUGUUUCUAUUGCGGGUCAUGUUUGUAUCUUCUGAUAAAGUUGUACCUACACCAGCAACAUUACAAUGCCCCUAUAGCCCUAAGCUGUCUAUUAUCAUAAAUAAAAUGUUUCACUAUAUGGUGAACCAAGCUAAAGAUCCAUGCUUCAAUAAAGUAAAGUUGAUAAACAA